GUGCACUCGUGUUGUGUCGCGUCGCUCGCACGCACGAGCCAAUCCCCCUCUUGCAACACACCGUCCGGCGGGUCCGAAGAGUGCACGCAGUCUCCGUUUUUCUUUUUGCACGUCAACGUGUGCUUUUGUGAUUUUUGUCUUGGUUUUUGGCAGCGGUGGGAGAAAGGAGCUGGGCAGGCAGGGAGGAAAGUAUCAACGGCGUGUGAAACUCCGGAGAAGCAGGAGGGACGCGAACGCAACGCAACGCACCGCACCGUUGGAUCCAUUUACAGGAAGUGGGUCCAAAAUGUCCAACAACGGAAGCAGAAGGCCAGUAGAAGGCGACGGUCCCUGUUUUUAGAACCCCCACUUUGGAUCCUCCAUGGUCCCCUGGCCGGGCGCUGGCCGACGAAUCGAGUGAGUGACCGCACCAAGAUGGCGGUCAGCAGGUGCUACUUGCUGCCGGCAUUCUUGAUGAUGAAGAGCUGCUUGCUUGCGGGCUCCGCCGUCCCGUCCCCUGAUGCGGACCCGCAGCAGGAGUUGGCCCACUCCAUUCGCCUGGACGGAGAUAUUAUCCUGGGCGGGCUAUUCCCUGUGCACGCCCGGGGCGAGCGGGGGCAAUCCUGCGGAGAAGUGAAGAAGGAGAAGGGCAUCCAGCGUCUCGAGGCCAUGUUGUUUGCCAUUGACCUGGUCAACAAAGACCCCGAGCUGCUCCCCAACGUCACGCUGGGCGCGCGCGUCCUGGACACGUGCUCGCGAGACACCCACGCCCUGGAGCAGUCGCUCACCUUUGUGCAGGCGCUCAUGGAAAGGGACACGGGCGACGUGCGCUGCGCCAACGGACAGACGCCCGUCUUCGCCAAGUCCGACAAGGUGGUGGGCGUCAUCGGGGCGGCGUCCAGUUCCGUCUCCGUCAUGGUGGCCAACAUCCUUCGACUUUUCAAGAUCCCUCAGAUCAGCUACGCCUCAACGGCCCCGGAGCUGAGCGACAACACUCGCUACGACUUCUUCUCGCGCGUGGUUCCUCCGGACCCGUACCAGGCUCAGGCUAUGCUGGACAUCGUCACGGCCAUGGGCUGGAACUACGUCUCCACGCUGGCUUCCGAAGGGAACUACGGCGAGAGCGGCGUCGAGGCCUUCGCUCACAUCUCCAGAGAGUCGGGUGGCGUGUGCAUCGCGCAGGCGCUGAAGAUCCCGCGCGAGCCCAAAGCGGGCGAGUUCGACAGGAUGGUGUUGCGGCUGCUGGAGACGCCCAACGCCCGCGCCGUCGUCACCUUCGCCAACGAGGACGACAUCCGCCGCAUCCUGGACGCGGCCAAGCGCCACAACCUGACGGGUCACUUCCUGUGGGUGGGCUCCGACAGCUGGGGCUCCAAAGUCUCCCCCGUGCUGCGCCAGGAGCUGGUUGCCCACGGGGCCGUCACCGUCCUGCCCAAGAGGGCGGACGUCCACGGUCAGAAUGCCAAAACCUUCUCCAGCACCGCCUUGCCAGAAAGCAAAGCGGCUGAGCGGCUCGCCGCCGCCGUCUUUUGUGUCUUAGCCUUCGAUCGCUACUUCAAGAGCCGCUCGCUGGCCAACAACCGCCGCAACGUUUGGUUCGGCGAAUUCUGGGAGGAAAACUUCGGGUGCAAGCUGGGGACGCACGGCAAGAAGACGGGAGCGGCCAGAAAGUGUACAGGCUCGGAGAAGGUGGGCCGCGACUCCUCGUACGAGCAGGAGGCCAAAGUGCAGUUUGUGAUGGACGCCGUGUACGCCAUGGCGCACGCCUUGGACCGCCUCCACCGCCAGCUGUGUGCCGGCCACGCGGGUCUGUGCCCCCGCAUGGCCCACGUCGACGGCAAGGAGCUGCUGACGCACAUCCGCGCCGUCCACUUCGACGGAAGCGCCGGGACGCCGGUGACGUUCAACGAGAACGGCGACGCCCCCGGCCGCUACGACGUCUUCCAGUACCAGAUGGACGAGCACUCGGGCCCCGAGUACAAGGUCAUUGGGCAGUGGAGCCAUCAGCUCAGCCUCAACAUGUCGGCGCUAAAGUUCGAGCCGCGGGGCGCCCCUGGCGCGCCCCCUCCCGCAUCGUCGUGCAGCGCGCCGUGCGGGCCGGGCGAGCGCAAGAAGGCGCUGAAGGGCGCGGCGUGCUGCUGGCGCUGCCAGCGCUGCCAGGGCUACAGCUUCCUGGCCGGCCCCUUCGCCUGCCGGCCGUGCCCUUACCGGCAGCGGCCCGACCGCAACGGCGCCGGCUGCCGUCCCAUCCCGGUGGCGCGGCCGGAGUGGCGCUCGCCCUGGGCGCUGGUGCCCGUCCUGGUGGCCGCGCUGGGCAUGUCGGCCACCGGCGCCGUGGCGGCCGCCUUCCUCCGCCACAACGACACGGCCGUCGUGAGGGCGUCCGGGCGGGAGACGAGCUACGUGCUUCUGACGGGCAUCUUCCUGUGCUACGCGGCCACGUUCCCCAUGGUGGCGCCGCCCGGCGUGGCCGUGUGCUCGCUGCGCCGCGUCUUCCCGGGUCUGGGCUCGUGCCUGAGCUACGCGGCUCUGCUGACCAAAACCAACCGCAUCCAACGCGUCUUUGCCCGGCGGGGCAAGACGCCGCCGCGCUUCAUCUCGCCCGCCUCGCAGCUGCUCAUCACGUGCUGCCUGGUGGUCGUGCAGCUGCUAGGCGCGCUGGCGUGGUUGGUGGCCCGGCCGCCCCGCGCCCUGGUGGACUACGAGGAGCGGCGGACGCCGGAGCCCGGGCGCGCGCGGGGGGUGCUCAAGUGCGACACGUCGGAGCUGGCGCUCAUCUGCUCGCUGGCCUACAGCCUGCUGCUGAUGCUCACCUGCACCGUCUACGCCGUCAAGACGCGGGGCGUGCCCGAGACCUUCAAUGAGGCCAGGCCCAUCGGCUUGGCCAUGUACACCACCUGCAUCGUCUGGCUCGCCUUCAUCCCAGUCUUCUUCGGCACGGCGCGCUCGGCCGAGCGGGUGUCCAUCCAGACAGCCACGCUGAGCGUGUCGCUCAGCCUCAGCGCCACGGUGUCGCUGGGGAUGCUCUACGUGCCCAAAGUCUACAUCAUCAUCUUCCACCCGGAGCGGAACGUCCCCAAGCGCAAGCGCAGCUUCAAGGCCGUCGUCACCGCCGCCGCCGCCGUCAGCGGCCAACUGUCGCAGUUGGCGGCCGGGCGGCCCAACGGCCAAGCCAAGACGGAACUGUGCGAGCCCGGCGCGGUAGCGAGCAAAAGCGCCUCCGUCAGCUACGCCAACCACCGCAUCUGAAGCAGAGGAAAAACUGGGCGACCAAUCGUAGUUGUCGUUAUGCUGAUGUGACUCCAAUUUGCAAUCUUCUCUUUUGGAAACUGUACAAAUGGAAAUCAAGUGACGCAUGCUGUUUUUUAAUUUUUUGUCUUUUUUUUUUACAAAUGAGUCUGAUUAAACGAAAAAACACA